AUGGAGGAAAAGUGCCGAGAGCCAGAGACCGAGCGAGAGUUAGUUGACCCAGAGCAGUUCGCCUUGGCAUUCAACGUGGUCGGCCAAACGAUUGGCUUGUCCGGGGUCCAGGAAGGAAACGGCCGCUAA